GCCCUGCAACUGGGGGCUGGCACACUGGCCAGGUUGGGCUCCUAGAUAGGCGGUAUGCUGCGACUGCUUACCUCCAGUUGUGCCCGGGUCCUGGGGUCUGGGGUGGUCACGUGGCGUCCCUCUGUGGGGCUCCUCUCUCCUGGGCGCCCCGGGACCCGCCAGGCUUCAGAUGUCUCAGGUGCUCCACAUCACCAAUCCUCCAGCGCGGAGUCACUGGUGCAGCUGGUGGGCAUCUGCUCUAUGAUGCGCCUGCCCUUGCAGUCGUCCCCCGAAGGGCUGGAUGCCGCCUUCAUCGGUGUGCCUCUGGACACGGGGACUUCCAACCGGCCCGGGGCAAGAUUUGGACCCCGUCGCAUCCGAGAGGAAUCGGCGAUGCUGGGGGCUGUCAACCCCAGCACGGGAGCCCUCCCUUUCCAGUCCCUCAGGGUUGCAGAUCUAGGCAACGUGAACGUCAAUCUUUACAACCUCCAGGACAGCUGCCGGCUAAUUCGAGAGGUCUAUCAGAACGUCGUAGCAGCUGGCUGCAUUCCUCUGACCUUGGGUGGAGACCACACAAUCACCUAUCCCAUACUGCAAGCGGUGGCAAAAAAGCAUGGCCCUGUGGGUCUAGUGCACGUGGGUGCUCACACCAACACAACUGACAAACCUCUGGGGGAGAAGGUCCAUCAUCGGUCAGUUUUCCGCCGGAGCGUGGACGAGGGACUGCUGGACUGUAAGCGGGUGGUGCAGAUCGGCAUCCGGGGCUCUUCCGUGACCUUGGACCCCUACCGAUACAGUCGGAGCCAGGGCUUUCGUGUGGUCCUGGCUGAAGACUGCUGGAUGAAGUCAUUGGUUCCCCUGAUGGCAGAGAUCAGGCAACAGAUGUCGGACAAGCCUCUUUAUAUCAGCUUUGGCAUAGAUGCCUUGGAUCCUGCCUAUGCCCCGGGAACAGGGACACCGGAAAUUGCUGGGCUCACCCCUAGUCAGCUAGGGACUAAACCCAGGCCUCACCCAUGCUAAGCAAGUGCUCUACCCCUGAGCUAUGGGACCAUCCUGAGAGCUCUGAGAAGCCUUUAUUAUUCUUUCUGCCUCUAGUUUGUCUAUAGUCAAUUCAUGGGGAUCAUUUUGCAGUGUCCCCUCUUAAGAACACUGAACUUUGGGGCUGGCAGCGUAGCUGUAGCUCGGUAGCAGCACACAGGCUUAGUGCAAACAAAGGUCUAUAUGCUAUUCCAAGCUCCAAGACAAAACACAACGCGCCAAGCUGCUUGUGGCUAAAUUAAUCAAGUAUGCACAUGGAGACCGGCUCCAGGUGGCUGGGACAUGUUGGAGUCAAGCCUGAUGAGCUACGCUGAGAUCGACAAGGGAGGGAACAGGACCUUUCCGUUGUUCGUUACCCCGUUCUUGGAGCCAAGGAUAUGAACGGCAGGUUGUUCAAGGUGUAACUGAAUUGCAUGCAUCUGCAUCUUCUAAGAAAGGAGGAUGCUCACAAUGGCAUCGCCCACAGCCAUUCCCUGUCCGGUCAGAAGCAUUUCUGGAGCUUUUUGAGCUCAGGAUGGAAACUUUAGAGAAGGCAACUGCCUUUGCACCGGUUCCUAAUGCUACCUUGGGCAAUAUCCAUCUGCUUGUGCCUUAGCCUGUGUCUCUGCCCAGAAUGCUUAGUCAUCUCUUCUGCCAGUCCCUUGAAGCAUCUGUACCACGGGAAGCCUUCCCCAACUCAGACUGUCUCCUGUAGGCUGCUUGUCUCAAGGGUUUGGAAACGUGACUUUGCCUGGCUUGUUUGACUCCACCACCAUCACACCAGGAGGCCCUUGAGAGGGACUGUGUGUGUUGUGAGCUGUGCCCCGGGAGGCCCACCAGCGUGGCUGUAGUGAGCUC